UAGCUAAAUAUAUUGCCAUUAUGGUAUCCACAUAAUUUUUUUUUUGAGUGCUGACUUCAAGGUGAUGAUGCGCGGAGUCACCAUGAUGUUGCUGUUUCCAAUGCUGGUGUGGGCGGGGUCAGAAUGCAAGGCUCGCUGUCGUCUUACCAACAUCUCCAUCACUGUGGAGAGCGACGAGUGUGGCAGCUGCAUCACCAUCAACACCACGGCCUGCGCUGGCCUCUGCCAGACCCAGGAAAGAGCAUACCGCAGCCCAAUUGCACCGUAUUUCCAGAACAGCUGUAACUACAGGGACUGGAUGUAUGAAACUAUCCAGCUGCCAGGCUGUGCUCCUGGGGUUGACUCGUCCUUCACCUACCCUGUGGCUCUGAGCUGUGAGUGCAGCCAGUGUAACACCGAGAUCACAGACUGCAGCGCUUUCAGCAUGCAGCCGAGUAGCUGCCACCCACACGCCUACUACUGAACCAAGUCGCAUCAGCUCGGCCAACAGCCCAAAUCCCUCGCAACAACCUGGACCACUUUUGGUGUCUUAAUAUUAUUUUGAAAUAUUGUAUUUCAUCCAUCAUGUUAAUUAUCCUUUCUCACCAUUAUUACUCAUACACAACUUUACAAAAAUUAUUUAUAUGAAACAAAUUAAACACACACACACACCGAUAUCUUCUACUACAAAUCUGACACAGGUCUGUUCUGUUUGUCUGUGACCCUGAACAUCAUGAAGGACAUGAUGUGCUGUUGCUCAGCAUCACCUGAGCAUGUAAA